AUGAGCGUCGACGAGGACGAAGGAAGCACCACCACGACUGAUGCAUACCAGGACUUCUUGUCCAGCACCCUAUAUCCACAGAACGAAUUAUACGGAGAACCCAUCGGCAACUUCGGCUACUCGAACACGAACACAGGUACGAGAAACGAGACCAUUAUUCACAUCGCAGAAGAGGAAAUACCAGCAGAGUAUGAGCCGGAAGAGCUGGAACAUAUCCCCAGCCUCACCUGCACAGAGGCGAAUGCGUACUCAGGACAUCGAAUCGCCCUAGAAGAGAUGAGAGGCUGUCGCACUGUCCAGUUCCUGGUGCAUAAAAGCUGCGCCAAAGGGGGAUGGAAACCGGACGGACUCCACGAACCGUGGGAGAUAUCCGAAGACUGGUUCCUAGGUGGAGUCUGUGAUGGACUAUCGCGAGAUGGUUAUCCCGACGUCUGGCCUGCACGAGGUGGUGUGGAGACUCCAGCGACAGACAAUAUGAAUUUUGUUCCAGAGUCGACAACUGCAGACGAAUUUGCCAUGCCAUUCCACCCGUGGUGUUUUGACAUCUUCUGUCGACAAUCCAAAGCCCAGUUCAAGCACGUCAAUAUCUCGGGGCUCAUGAAGUGGCGGAAUGCCGAAUUCACCUGGGAUGGCUUCUAUUCCUUUCCUCGUGCUGGCGAUAUUUCCUCCAUGGAGGAACAGUUCUGGCGACACGACCGUGGGUCGGAGUAUCUGGCUGCCAACCCGCUCUACGUGCCAUAUCUACCGUCUGUUCUAGAUGCAGCUAGAGAGGAUAACGUCGACAAAUCUCCAGGAAUAACAAAAACACGAGAACAAGGCGGCCGGGCCAAGUUGGAGCCCUUACCACUUGAUAUCCACCUCUUGAUAGUUGAAUUUCUCGAUCCUGCCGAUAUAACGAGCCUGCGAAUUGCCUCGACAGCCUUCACCAAGCUGCCAAACAGUGUAUGGUAUCGACUUGUGCGCGAUGAAAUGCCCUGGCUCUGGGAAGCAUGGGACGAGGGGGAAGCCGAGCACACUCCAUCUCCCUGGACCAUGAUGACUGCCAACGAGGUUAAGCUCUUACUCGAGCAACGCAAGCACUAUUCCGAAAUCCUGGCAAAGGAACGUAUCCCGGUCAACGGCAUGCUUGAUUAUCUACUCCCGAAUCCGAGUGCUCGACCGGACGUUAAACUUUCUCGAGGAAACACAAACUGGCAUCAGGUGUAUGUACAGAUUAAACAGAACUGGGACAGGCUAAAGGGAUUGCGCAAUCGACAGCGGAUCUGGGAGGACAUGGAGGAGGUGAUGCGCCGCAUCAAGAGAUAUGAGCAGGAGUAG